GCGCGGAACAGUCUAAUACAGAUUCUGUCUACCCUGGAAAAUAGGAUCGGCUUCUGUGUCUAGAUAAAUAUUACCUCUAGUCAUUGCUCGUUACAGUUGAAAUCAUGAACACUGUAACAUUGUUACUGCUGUUAUUUACGGUAUUAGAUAAGACUACAGCGCAGCCUUGCAUCAAGUCGGUCGAUAUUGUUUUCGCUAUAGAUGUGUCGUACUCCAUCCAGUAUUCCAAUUUUCAGGGCUAUCUCCUGCCUUUCAUACAAAACUUUGUUUCCGGAUAUGACGUAGGUCCAAAUUUUCUUCAAGCCCGCGUCGGCGCCUUGACAUUCAGCGACGAACCGCAUCUGGCGUUUCUCCUUGACGCUCAUUUGGGGAAACCCGAAGUCCUCCGCGCCAUUGCGGACAUCCCCUACCAAGGCGGGGAGACGUAUACGUCUAAGGCCUUGAAGUUCGCCAGAGAGAACAUGUUUGGGCCGCAGCAUGGCGGGAGAGCUGACGCCGAACGGGUACUGAUUGUUCUGACGGACGGCAGGUCCUACAACACUACAAGCACCGUCCAAGAGGCCAGUCUUUGUAAGCAGCAAGGGAUCGCGGUGUUCGCUAUAGGAGUUGGCAACGCGGACGAAGGAGAGCUAAAAGCUAUGGCGAACUUUCCUGCUGAGAAGUACAUGUACUACGUUAAUGGCUUCCAGGCUCUAGCAAGCCUUCAAAGUACGCUUCUUGAUUCUACUUGUGGAACCUCUAAACAGAUUUACAAUGAUGAAAACAAGGACAGCCUCCAAUGUGACCUUCCUUGCAGUGGGCGUGCCGCCGACAUUGUUUUCGUCAUUGACGAAUCGUACUCCAUAGGCGGCGACACGUUUAACAGCGUCAUGCUACCCUUCUUACAGCAGGUCGUGCACCACUUAGAUGUUGGGCCAUACCAGCAGCAAAUCCGCGUCGGCGCCCUUGCUUUCGGCACCUUUCCUAGGAUGCUUUUUCGGCUGAAUGCUUUCACGGAUAAAAGCAGACUCGUUUCAGCCAUUUCCAAGAUUCGAUACGUCGGCGGAGACAGCAACAUCAAUACCGCCUUGGCGUUUGCCAAAGAUCAGAUGCUCGGGAGACUCGUCAAGGGCGUUCGUGGAGGAGCAACACCUGUAAUUGUUCUAUUGACGGACGGAAAGUCUGAAAACAGGCAGGCCACAGUGAGUCAGGCAGAGGCGGCUCGACAGUGUGGGAUAGAAAUCUUUGCUGUUGGUGUGGGAGAGGCAGAUCAAGACGAACUGAGUUGUCUAGUGAGUCAGCCAAUAGAGGAUCACUUGUUCUAUGCGAAUGACUUCCGAGACUUAAACUCUAUUUCGACCACAUUAUCAUCCAAAUUAUCGAACUGUUAGUACACGAUUUUCAUCUAAGUUGAAGGGUAGACUUAUUAAAAUAAGACAAAAAAGUAACAUAAAAAAAAAGUUAUUUUUAAAAGACAAUUCCUCCUUUACGAACCUGAUGACUUUUUGUAAGAGCGAUUACUCUGCUCCUAAUAUUGGGAAGACACAGCCCUAGACCGCACUACGCGGAGAGAGAUGGCGACCAAGAAAGCUAUUGUUAUCGAAAAAACAUGGGGCUCAACUCUGGAAGAAAAAAAGGCUGUCUCCUCUACCACCAAAGCGAAAACUAGCCUGCUAUAUAUGUGGAAGGGAAUGUCUCUCCAAAAGAGGACUGGAAGGGAGACCAAUCGUCUUAGAAAGCCUGAACACUGACCUGCCACGUCGCAACCUGUGGUCAGUUUAGACCAAUAGCUCGUUGCCACGUUACAGGUCUGUUCGACUUGGCAACAAGCUAUUGGUCUCUAUACACACAAGUUAUGACGUUUCAGGUCAGUAUUCAUGCCUUCUAUAACUAAUGAUCUUGUCCACAGUCACAUGAAAAAGUGUUUUACCAGAUGAGCCAAAGUCGUUACGACUAAAGGCAACAUUACAAGUCAGAUUCUAGUUUGGUGAUAAGC